AUGGAUUCCAAAACUCACUCCUGCACCGAAACCCCGAUCAAUAUCUGGCCAAAUGCCUACCACUUGGAACACUCUCCUCUGGACUAUCCAGAACCUCUUCAGCUUCAUGGCGACAAGAUCAUGACACCGACAUCCCAGCAACCUCUAUCCCUAGCUGCAGAUGCAGCUUCAGGCAGACCAUUUCAUGCAGGGUCCCUCUCUCUGCACGACUACCGCAAGUGUCUGUCCCAAGACGACGAGUCCAUCUUUUAUCACGGCGGAAAGACUCUGAAACGAAAGAAUGGCGCUGUGAAUCUCCAACAGGACCAGACGUCAUCGUGUCUGUAUCCGGUUUCCGUGUCCUCUUCUAUAUCAAAUCCCCCGCCUCUCUCACCAUCGUACUCGCUCAGCGUCAUGUCGCAGCGGAGUGAGCAGGAGCUGGAAGGGCUGGAUGGUUUUCUUCUCUCGUCAUCGGGUCCGACUGAUAUACGUACCCCGAUUGCUACCCUAAAUACUUUCCGCGAUAGACUUGGAACCCCCCCAUUUGAACCCUCAUUCCCUAGCCACAACAAAACCCGGUCCGAUUCGGUCCUCUUCGACCUGAAGCAGUCCAAAACAACCAUGUGCCAUCAAGGGGCACUGUUCGAAAUCCUGAAUCCCCGAGAAUCAUUGAAACUCGCCCGAAUUGUCUCUUAUAUCGAAGACGUAGACUGUGCAUCCUUUGAUUCUACCGACAACCAUCGAAACUCGCGCUUCUCAGCUACCACCGCCACUACGGUGCUAUUUGAUGACCCAGACUCACCAAUUAUCCAAUUGGAUGGGCUGGCAGAUAUCCCUGCCCAGGACGUAUACCUCGAUGAACUUGACGAAACCAACCCAUUAGAAUCCACCAAAACCAACGAAGUUCAACAAAAAGCCCAUCUAGACCUAGUCGGUGAUCUACCAUACAACCCCAUCCCGUCCAUCUCCGAACGACUACAACCAACCACCACCACCCAAAACCCAAACCCACACACUACAUCCCCCAUCUACGCAAACUUCCACCCCACCCCACCGUUACGAUUCGAACACGAAGAUGACGACGAAAACAUUGAUGACAACAACGACGAUGAAAUAGGCGAACCAGGCCAUCCUAUCCACGAAGAGAACGACAUCACCAGACAACGAUGA